GAGGGCCAAAGGAGCAAAUACCCUAAACUUGAUUCUUGUCCUUGGGUGUCUUCUUCUUCGUCUGACCAACAAGGGUUUUACUGCAAAAACAAUUUCAGAUUUCGGAAGAGCAAAUACAUACCGGAGAAUUCCUCCAUGGACGUAAUCAAGACCCAGCAAGUAUCUUUGAGACCCAUUGAGAAGGUCAUAGUGCACCCGCUUGUGUUGCUCAGCAUCGUUGAUAAUUUCAAUCGAGUCGCCAAGGACACUCGCAAACGAGUCGUCGGUGUCCUACUCGGAAGCACUUUCAGAGGCACCGUCGAUGUCACCAACAGCUAUGCAGUGCCAUUUGAAGAGGAUGAGAAAGAUCCCAGUAUUUGGUUUCUUGACCACAACUACCACGAAUCAAUGUAUUCGAUGUUCAAGAGAAUAAACGCCAAGGAGCAUGUUGUAGGUUGGUAUAGUACUGGGCCAAAGCUUCGGGAGAAUGAUCUAGAUAUUCAUAGAUUAUUCCACAACUAUGUCCCAAAUCCCGUCUUGGUCAUUAUUGAUGUCCAACCUAAGGAAUUAGGAAUACCUACCAAGGCCUACUAUGAUAUCGAAGAAGUUAAAGAGAAUGCCACUCAGAAAAGCCAAAAGAUUUUUGUUCAUGUGCUUUCAGAAAUUGCUGCUCACGAGGUUGAGGAAAUAGGAGUCGAACAUUUACUAAGGGAUGUGAAGGAUACAACUAUUAGUACACUUGCAACAGAGGUUACUGGAAAACUUACAGCCUUGAAGGGUUUGGAUGCACGCUUACGAGAAAUUCGUGGUUAUCUAGAUCUUGUUAUUGAUGAGAAGCUUCCUUUAAAUCAUGAGAUACUUUACCAUUUGCAGGACGUGUUCAAUCUGCUACCAAAUCUUAAUGUUACCGAACUAGUCAAGUCAUUUGCAGUAAAAACAAAUGAUAUGAUGCUGGUUAUCUAUCUUUCUUCUGUCAUUCGAAGUGUAAUUGCACUUCAUAACUUGAUCAAUAACAAGAUGCUAAAUAAAGAACAUGAGAAGACAGAGGAUGCUAAGCCAGCAACAGUUCCCGCGGCAAGUAAUAGCUGAAAAAACAGUAUCACUGGUUUUGAACUUCAAUUAGAAGAGAUUUAGCCUUAGGAGUGGCAGAAGACACCAUUUAUCUUGCCUUUGAGACUUCUCUUUGAGAAUACUUGUAUAUUCUCCUUGGUGACAGAGGAUCGUGGUAAUCUCUUCUUACUUGGAAAUUACCUUAUACAUCGUUGCAAAAUUGUUUGGUUUUUGUAUUUGAAAUUUUUGUGGUUCAUAGGCCUAACACGUAAUUGGGGUAUAUUUUAUUUCUUUUCCAAGAUCCCACAUAUUAUUUUUAUUUUUACUUAAUUGCUUCUUAACUGUGUCAACAAUGGGCAGGAGUGAUUGUAUUUUCUACUUGAACCAUCUUUUAUCACUUUAUUUUUACAGGUUCAUUUAACUGCA